GUACCCUGGCAACUAUCCUGGCUGGUUUGGGCUCCAGUUGCUCCCGCCUUCGCCGAGGACCCACAGUCACCAGAGGAUGUGCUGGCUCAGCUGAUCAAGAAAGCAACGGGCCAAGACGGUGAUGCCUCGGAGUCCACACCUUCUUUGCUCCUCCUCGGGUUCGGGGCGCUUUUGCUCUAUGGCGUCUUCGCCGUGUUCAAGUUCCUGCUAGCAGCUGUGGGAGGUCUUUUCGUUGUCCGAGAGCUCGACCAGCAAUUUGGCAAGGACCAGUUUGGCUUUGACUUGAUCAGCUUGUUUGUGGAGAAAGCGCUUCGACGCUUCUCGGGUGAGCCUCUGGACUUGCUUGAGGAGAGGCGGCUGAAGGUGGUCCGGCUGAACGACGAGGUCGUCAGCUUCCAGGCGGCUCUGGUGGAGCAAACUUCAGGCCUUUCGGCUGGAGCGGCGCUGCGGGACAAGACGCGCCGGCGGCGCUUUGCCGAGACGUGGCAACACGUGCCGGACGAUGUGGCCAUUUCCGAGGCGGAGCGCCAGAAGAUCGAGGAGGCGGUGGAGAAGUACAUGGCCAGCGAGCGGGAACGACAAGAAGACUUUCGUGAGUCUCGGGGCUUGUACCUGAAAAGCCUCUUCGAGAGCAGCUUCUUUGGGUCCAUGACGACCCGCUUCCAGAUCAGCUCCAGCCUGGAGAAGCAGAUCAAGCUGCAGGAGGAGCUGAUCAGUGAGAUCAAGCGGGCGGUGCCCGAUUCCAAGUUUGAGAACCUCAAGAAGAUCCUCUCUGAUAACGUCGAUCUGACCUGGCUCAUUGAUCAAGCUCAAGAAUCCCAAAAGGACCACGAGAAGCCAAACACAGUGUAUGUGUUGAGCUUCGAUGGCGACCCAACGGCUGCCGGGGUGAACCUCCUCGCCCAGGAGGUCACGGCCAUCCUCGAAGCCCAGAAACCCCCUGCCGAGGUGGUCCUCAAGCUCAAGUCGCCAGGAGGUACCGUCACGGGCUACGGAUUAGCGGCUGCGCAGCUGCUGCGUCUGCGCGAAAGGGGCGUUCGACUUGUUGCCUGCGUGGAUGAGCUGGCUGCCAGUGGUGGUUACAUGAUGGCCUGUUGCGCCGACGUUAUCCUGUGCUCUCCCUUCGCAGCAGUGGGCAGCAUCGGCGUGAUCGCGGGCGUGCCCAACGCCGUGGAGCGCUUGGACCGUGAGGGCCUGAAGGUCAUCCAGACGACGGCCGGGAAGUGGAAGCGGACCAUCGACCCCUUCCAGCAACCCACAGAGGAGGCUAUGGAGAAAGCCAAGGAGGAUGUCAAUCGAAUUUAUCAGCAGUUCUCACGGUUCGUGAAGGGCAACCGCCCCAACAUCAACAUAGAGGAAGUUGCUACGGGCGAGGUCUGGUUUGGGGCGGAUGCCCUGGAGAAAGGCUUGGUUGAUGAGCUGAAGACGUCUUCAGAGUACCUUCUGCAGCACAUGAAACUCGGCCAUGAAGUGUUGAGCCUGACCUACAACACACAAUCCCGCGGCCUUGGUGGUUUCGUCGGUUCUCUUGCCACAGCUUCGGAGUUUGCUGAAGCACUGGGCACGGACAUGUCCGAAGUCUCCCAGUUUGCCAAGCUCCUCUCCCCUAUAGCAGAGUCCUCCUCGUGGCCAAGCUCUCUUCCGCAGCCGCGCGUCCAAGCCCAGGGUCCCUUGGGCUCUCUGGGCGACAGCGGCUUCUAG